CGGAAUCAGGAUCUGAUUCGGGAGCAGAAAAUGAGUGUCCAACCACAAUACCUACACGAGGGCCGACGCAAAUGAAUGAAAUAUCCAAACUAAUGGAUCAGGGCAAAAGAGUGGCCCUCGAAGUUAAUGAUAAAGGUCAAUACUGUGGAAAAAGCUAUGCGAAGCUCGUAUCCACUCUAGGAGUCAGAUGUCGGCAGACAAUAGGGUUGGCUUAUAAAAACUGGAAAGAAGUCAACCAGACUCUGAAAAAUAAAGUUUGGAAAGACAUUCAGACGGGGUUCAUUGUGCCGGACACCUUCAAACAUGAUUGUCUCAUCAUAGCUGGGAAGUUAAUGAAAGACUUCAAGAAUAGGAUGACAAAAGACAUCAUAAUGCCCGCGUUGAAAGAGAAUGAUCUGGGACGACUAGCACAAGUCCCUGAAAAGCACCCGGAGAUCGACGCUGCUGAUUGGUGCAAAUUUGUUGAAAGUCGACUAACUCCUGAAUUUCUGGUACGCUAAUUAUAUUAACACUAAGAUAAACUCUUAAAUACAAGUACA